AUAAAAUAGUCAUUUGAUUGGAUGGUGAUUUUAAAUUUUUCUUUUCAUCGUGUGAGAAUCACUUGAACAGGUUCUUUUUCAAACGUUUUCCAUAAUAAUGAAUUUAAAAUAUAUCUCUUUGUUAUCUUAUUACUGUGAUUGUUUGUUUUAACUUUGUUUACUUACUUGAUCCUGAUGAUUUUAUAACUUUUCACCAUUCUUUCCAAUCCUCUGUUUCUCGUUCUAUUUUCUACCAUUCUUUUUCUGGUUUUUCUUCUGCUAUCCUUAUUUCUUGUAUACAACUCCCCUUUCGUUCUUUCUUUCUCGGUUUUGUGAGUUCGUGCUUUAUGUACGAAAUAUAUUCACAAAUUCAUUCAUUAGUAGGGCUUUAAUUUAUUUCGUCUUCUCUAGGGUCUUAUUUAGAAUAAAAGUCAGCAGGUUAGAUGGAAAGUUUAUGUCACAGAUAAAACGUUAGCGAUAUGAGGUUCAAACCAAAAAAAACGUAACGGUACAAAACGAUUUUUUAUCUACACAGCCAAUUUCAGAUUUGAGCGAUCCGUUGUCUUUACAUCUUUAAACAAAAUACGUCUUGUCUGGAAACCGUGCGUCUUUCGGAUUUACAGAAUAUGUCGCCAGCUACCACGAACGUUACCUGGGUACUUAGUUAAAGAGUAGAGAUAAGAGGAAACAAAAAACGAUAACUAAGUGGAAAAGAAUUGAAACUAGUAAAUUUAAAAGUAUGUCUAAAGAUACAGAAAAAAUAUUUAUCGUACAAAAAUCUACAGAAGUUCAAAGAUUUGUCAUCUUAUGCUAUUACCUUUGUAGUAUCUCUGUAAUUCGACUAUCCGAAUUUAUUUGUUCUUUUUAAUCCUUCAUAUAACACCUUGGUAAAGCGAAGCAUGUUGUUCGAUCCUUAUAAAUUUAGGCUCCUGAAUAUUCCAAACUAACCAAGUUGUCAGAUUUAGAAUAAAUUUUUUAUCGUAUCCAUCAUUUCACCCACUCUUACUCAUUAUUGUCACGACCAUAUGAACAAAUGACCUUUUGUUUGACUGCAAUAACGCCUUUGUUUCGAUGUUCGCUUAUCAUGUGUUGAAUUUAAUCUCUUUUUAUUUAAAUAUCAUCUCGUUCUCUCACCCUUUUUUUAUACUUCAUCUGAAUACGUGAAUAUAAGAAAAAUUCAUAAUAAAUAGUCUUAGAAAACUGUCAAUGAAUGUUCAAUACAUUGCAACAGAGAAAAAUUUACAAUGAAUCGUAACGAACUCUUUGCCAGUUAUAUUAUAAGCGUUUUCUUAUUGGGAACGUGGCAGUAAAACACCAGAGUAGACUAACUUUAAUAUAUUUUCCGAGCUUUCGAAUACUUAUGUAUUCAUCGUCCAGGAAAUAAUUAAUUGAGUCCCUUUGAAUUUUGAAAACUAUGAUUCAAAAUUUUUACAAGAAUUUAUACAACUUAAAACCACCUCAAAUCUCAAUUAAUUAUUUUCCAGACGGUAGGUGUUCGAAAGCUCAAAAAAUAUAUUAAAGUUAAUCUACAAAAAACCAAUAUAUUGGGGAUUGCAGCAAAUUUGGAAAAUGAGAACUCUUUAUUAAAUUAUAAUUCCAAGCUUACGAGGAAGUGUUCUUCCCAUCAUCAGGACAUUUUGUGAAAAGAUUUGGUAUAUAUAUAGGAAUUACAUUAUUAAGUGAUAUAUGUGGCAUGCUCAGUAAUUAAAAAUAUCUAUUGACACCUAUUAUUUCGAUAUCUAUGAUUCGACAUGAUGGAUUGCCGUUCCUCAAAGGAUAAAACAACUACUUUCCUGGCUAAUAUCACGAAGAAUAUUCAAGUACAUCCCCUCGGAAGAAAGUGAUGUCAUCGACAAUCCGCAGUUCGAAGUGAAGAUGUCACCAGAAGACGUCUACUGAAGAAUGCCACACCGAAGAGACGCAGAAAGAGACGUCGUGGUAUUCACUCCUUGUAAUUGCGAGCCAUUAGAAAUGUCAAUUUAGGUGGAUUGUCGAUGACAUAACGUUCUUUGGGGGGAGGGGGAGUAGUUGUUUUCUUUUUUGAUGCACGUCAAGUCGAAUAAUCAAAUUCGAAAUAAAAGGUGUAAAUAGAUAUUAUCGUUGUGGGAGUGUGGCAAAUUAAACACCAAAGUGUACAAUUUUUAAUAUAUAUUCCGAGCUUCCGAAUACUAAUGUAUUCAUCAUCGCGGACUGAAAUUAUGAUCAAAGUACAAUGUAAAAAUAUGUAUAAAAGUUUAGCAAUAUUAAAAAUUACUAUAUUAAUUGAUUUAGGUUUGGAAAUAUACAAACUCUUUCUCCAAUCCAUUAUAGUAUAUCAUAACCUUAUUAUUAGUAAUUAUUUGUUAUAUAAUAAAAAUUUGAUGAGUGCAUCCAACCUUGGGUAUAGUACGAAGAAAUAAUAUAAAAAUAGCUAAUAAUUAUUCUGGCACUAAUAUGGUGGGCGAUCAUCAUAAAUUAGCAAGUCAAAUCAAUUGACGGAGAGGCGUCAAAAUUUUACGAUCUAUUGAUUAUUACCAUAAGUAUUGAGUAAUAGCGUUAAUUGGAGGUAUUUAGAUAUGCCAAAGAGCUUAACAAUGUAAAACUAGACGUUCAUAUCGCAUGUUGAUACGAAAAGAAGAUAUUCAAUGUGUAUUCGGAAUAUGUUCAAAUUAACUAUUAUCAACACAAGUGUAUAUAUACACUUGUAUUUUAUUUGGCUUUUUUGUAUAGUAAAUCCCACUUUAUAUGUGUUUUCCUCAUUUAUUCUUAUGGUAAAAUCCAAUAUAAUAUCACGUAUAAUAACCAAGGUUGUGAUACAAAUUGCUUUGAAUAUGUCACAGAGCCGUAGCUAGGCAUUGCUACUGUACAUUAUCUUUUCUAUAUAAUUACAAGGACUGAUCCCUUCGCUCCUCCCAUGGGAAGAUGUAUUAUAAUUUUUAUUAGUAUUAAGAUUAACAUCUCUCAUCGAGAUUUUAGCAUCUUUAGUCUCCACGCAUCCGAAGAAAAUAGUUUACUUCGUUAGUUUUAGACACGGUCGGUAACCACAAGGGAACGAAUCUUUACUAAGCCUGCUUGAGCUAUUAUCGUCCUGUGACUGUGUACGUUAUCUCUUCGCAACUUCCUCCGAUGUUUUCGUUCUCUUAAUGGUACUACUAUGUUCAUUUACUUUUAAACUAUUAUUGUAUCCAUUACAACCAGUUUUAUAAUAACUUUUUCGUUAGUACCCCCCACAAUGAUUUUUCACUUUAUUCAAUAUCAUAUUUUUCAGCUAAUUAUUAGAAAAUAAUAGUUCCUAUAUUACCAACAACCAAUUUCAAAUGGAUUUCGCAUAGCUAUGUAAAUUAAAGAGGAGUUGGAUACUGUGUACGAAGACUCUGAACAAUCAUUUACGGCAGUAAGGAAUUUAAAACGUGGCCGUAUCAGCUUCUGGACGACCAAAAAAGUUUACUAAAUGGUACUGGACGACCGUUGGAUUAAGGUUAAAGAGAUUAGAAGAGGUUAGCGGUAUAUCCGAACACCGCAUUUGCCAAAUGUGCCGCGUUUGAUCACUUUGAAUUGAAAUCGUAUUUUAAUGAAUAUUUCCCGGGUCUUAUUGACACGGUUUAAGUAAAAUGAGUCGGAUUUUUUGUCUCCUAAAACAAAAAAAACGGCCAAGACAAUGGAUUGCAAUGGGCAAAGACGAUUUCCAAAAUGAUGGCGACCGUUUUUUGAGAUAGUCAUGGAAUUGUGCUUAGCGCAUUGGCACUUUUUCACAUUUCGGUGAUUGCUGUGGCUAAAAUUCACGCGUUGCAUUUCUAAUUGGUUGACCACCCACUCUAUUCACCAGAUCUGACUCUUCUGUUUUUUAAUCUUGAAGCUUCACUUGCAGGAGAGAAAUUCUCACCAAACGAGAAUGUUAUCGCAUACGUAAACACUUAUUUUGAUGAGAAAGAUUAUUUAGAUUGAUUGCAAAUGUAACAGCGUCGCUGGACCAAGUGUAUGGUAUUGAAACGGUUUUGUUUCUUUGUUAGGUAUGAAAUUAUUCAAACAACUCUCGUAUUUAAGAUUACGAUGUUGUCAAAACGUUAGCGGUAAACAUUUUGAACAUCUACUUUAUUUAAAUUUAUAGUUCUUUUUACCGUUCUACAUUUUAUUAAUUUUUGCAUUAUAUUUUUGUUUCUGAUUGUAUUGUAGCGAAUAUCUUCGAUCAUAUUAUUUUAUUUUGUUAUAAAUUGUUGCAAGAAAUUUGAUAAUAUUUUUGAAUAGAGAAUAAAGAAACUUUCCAAACAAUAUAUCACAAAUUUAUACCCCAUUUAGAAAAUUCCGUCCAAACAGACAAACAAACAAACUGACAAAUUAAGUUCAAUGAAGUUUGGUACAAAUUACCGACUCCUCCCUACAUAUCGUUGUUCUGGAAGAAUUGUAAAAAUGUGGUGAAUGAAAAUGAGUCUAUAGUCAAUAUAAGAAAUACUUUACAGGAAAUCAUGGGCGUAGUUCCACUCAGGACUCAGUUGAAAUAUCAGCUGUUAUUAAUGUCUCAGUUGCGCUCGAAAGUAACUUGAAAAAAAACUGGAUUGAUUCCCACUUGAUUUAGGGGAUGGAAUUUGGAUGAUUGAAUCCUAAUCAUUCGAAAAUGAAAGCUGAGUAACGCGGUCCAUGAGCUCUUAGUCUAACAUAUAAAGGAAGGUCAUAAAUAAAAAAGUGAUUAUUUUUAAAAAUAUGCAUUUCACACGCUUUUCAAAACAUCUGACAAAUGUUGUAAUUUUUGGAACCGUUGAUGGUACUGAAUACGCUGUUUACACCACCACUACACCAAUACCCACAAUUACCCUGUCUGACGCGCGUUUCGAUAACCAAGAUAUCGUCUUCAGAGACUGAAGGUAAACUAAAAUCUAAUGACUUCAACGCCAUGCAUACGAUGCAUCUUUAAAUUUAAAAUAGUCGUACACAAUCUGUUUAAUUUCAUCGUAGCUAUUAAAUAUGUUACCUUUAAACUUGGUUUUCAGCUUUGCGAAUAAAAAAUAGUCGGACGGCGCCAGAUCUGGGCUACAUGGUGGGUGUUCAAUCUUCUUUAAGCCACAUUUGUCUACAGUAGCCUUAUAAAGUGAAGCAGUAUGGACUGAAACAUUGUUAUUAAGCAAGCGCACAAUAAUGUAGACACCAUUUUUUGGGGCUUUUCGUGACUUUUGCUUUUUUGGCACAGGCUCUACUUCGAGGUACCUACCUGGCACUAAUUUUUGUCAUUUUAAAUGACGGUCUACGCUACAAUUGCUUUCGUUUUCAGGCGCCGGUCAUUUAAAACAAUUUUUUCCACUAAUUGGAAAUGUUUAAUGGAGGUGUCACCGUCAUUGGACCUCCCGGACGUGGGUUAUCUUCUAAUGAUCCUCGUCCUCUAGUGAAACCAAUUUUUAAUUGUUCGAUAUGAAGGACACAAGUCACCGUAACCAGCCUUCGUUCUGUUUGUGAUUUGUGUUGGUGUUAAUACUUGUUUGGUCAAACAUUUUAAGUAUCGCGAAGUGGUGGUUCGAGUUGUAUAAUAAAAUGGAUCGAAGCAGCAAAUUGAAGCUUAGUCUAAAACUUGUCGAGACUUGUCACUGACGCGAGCAUAAAGAUUUUUGCGAACGCACUCUAUUUACUGUAUUAGGCCAAGACCUCAUGAACCAUACUAUGUACAAUUAUUUUCUGUUAUUUAUAACCUUUUCAAUCGUUCUCUUUUUUACUUUCCUGUAAAACUGAAGUUUUUGCAUGUUACUGUUCUUCCAUAACGGCGAUGUAAUUUUAAAUAUUUUCUCAAAAUUUUUGUUAUAUAAUUCAUAUGAAAUUUGUUUAAAAAUGGGAGUUUAUUCGCCAAUAUUUAAAGGGUGACUGACCCUAUCUCUCGAUCUAAUCACUUGAAUCGACUUGUUUUGAUAAAAACACGAAGUAGCUAUUCCGGUUUUUAGAAAUAUUGAUAUUAAAAAUUCCCGUAGAGUUUUAUUCACCGGGCCAGUACAGGUUUGCUACAAGGCUAUUUAAAAAAAUCAUUUCAUAAAAUAUAAAUAGUUGGAUUUUACUGACUAUUGAUUAGUCUGCAACGAUGUCGAAGCAGGUAGUUUUGAUUUUGUUUGUACUUAUAUCUCAUGCAUUAUGUGACAAUAUAUCAGUAAUUUACAAUUACAAUCAAAAAGUGUACGUUGAUUCUAUAGAAAAUUUAAAACAAGUUUUGUUGGAAAGUGAACAACAUCUUUUCGAUGUACAAAUUCUCAAACAGAGUGUCCCAAAAUUACCGGCGAAAUUCUUGGAAGGUGUGACCGUCAACCAGCUACGUUUAAAUGAAAACCAAUUGAAAGAAAUAGAAAUAGGGGCCUUCGAUGGGGCCACGUUUACUUCACUUAAUUUGAACGAUAAUAAUUUGGACAUUAUCCUUAAAGAUAUAUUUAAUAAUAAUCAGAUAUGGGAAUUAGCUUUGGCAAACAAUUCUAUCUCGAAAAUUGAAGAUGGAGCUUUUGAAAAUUCGGAUUUUGGUGUUUUAAAUCUCAACAAUAAUCAGUUAGAUGAACUUCGAGCGGGUAUGUUUCAAGAUUCGAAAAUUGUAAAUAUAGUGCUGAACGACAACAAAAUUGAAAAUAUAGAAAACGGUACUUUGCAACAAAUAUUCGGUUUACGAAAUUUUCAUUUGAAUAAUAAUUUUCUUAAAGACAUCGGGAGUUGUUUUAAUGAUUUGGAAACAUUAUGGGAACUGAAUUUAAUGAACAAUACUAUAGAGAAUUUAUCUCCGAAGAGUUUUACUGGUUCCAGUAUAUCAAAUUUAAAUUUAGGUGAUAACUUAUUAACGAAAAUAAGUAAAGACGUUUUCAUUGGAUUACCGUUAUCGUUUCUAAAUAUUUCUAAUAAUCGUAUCAAAGCUAUUGAAAAUGAUGCUUUCGCAGACUUUCCAACACUAAGUACUCUAAUUUUAUCUCAUAAUAAAAUCGGAGAUUUGAAACCAGGUUUUCUUAUCGGGAUAAAUUCAAAGUAUUUACACCUAGAUUUGAUAGAUAAUCAUAUCAACAACAUCGAACCUGGUUCUUUCGAUGAAAUUACAUUAUCUAGUAUCGAUUUGGCUAAUAACAAUAUUCAAGUUUUGAAAAAAGGUGUAUUAGUUAACAAAGAACUAACUUCAGUGUCGUUUUUAAAAAAUCAAAUUUCUAAAAUUGAAGAUGGCGCGUUAGAAGGAUUACAUGUCCAAACUUUGACGUUAACAGAAAAUUAUUUGACGAAAUUAACUAAAGAAAUGUUUCAAGGAUCUAAUAUAACAACUUUGAAACUGGAUAAAAAUAAAAUAGAAGAAAUCGAAGACGGUACGUUUAAAGAAGUAGCCGAAUUGAAAUACCUCGAUCUUAGUUAUAAUAAUAUAGAAGAUAUCGGUAAAAUCUUCAACGAUCUACCCCAAUUAAUUCAACUCACAUUAAGUAAUAAUAAAAUUAAAACUUUACCUGCUAAUAUUUUCUCCGGAUCAAAAAUAAAUAAUAUUUUUUUGGAUAAUAAUCGAAUAACCGAAGUUGUUAAAGGUGUUUUUGACGAUUUAUAUUUCAACAACGUAGAUCUAUCCAAUAACGAAAUUUCCAAAAUCGAAAAUGGAGCUUUCGAAUCCGAUCGUUUACGAGAAUUAAAAUUGGGAAGUAACAAAAUUGGAGAUCUGAAAGUGUCUUCUUUAGGAGCAAUAAAUAAUAAGGAGUUAGAUCUGAGUUUAGAUGAUAACGAUAUUGGUGACAUCGAAGCCGGUACUUUUAAGAACGUUAAAGUGAAAUCGUUGAAUCUUAAGAAUAACACGUUGAAAUAUAUUAAGCGAGAUAUGUUCGAGGACGCCGAAAUAGGUUUUCUAAUUUUGUUUAAAAAUCAAAUCGUCAAAGUUGAAAGUGGUGCUUUCGAGGAUAUUAAAGACUUAUUGUUCGUUGAUUUGAGUUACAAUAAAAUGGCGACUGAAGUAAAAAAGGGUAUGGUUGACAUACAAUUUUAUAUAACACCCGGCGCGAAAUUGUAUAAAUACGAUAGCGAAAUUUUGCGUGAACUUAUCCGCACUACAUAUGUUGGUGGAGAAGGUUUCCAAGAUGCUUUAUUCCAUUAAUUUUUGUAAUAUAUUUGUGAAAUAAAUUCAGUUUUCAGAGUA